UAAUUACCAUCGCCAAAAUUCAUUUCCGAACGUUCUCCCCGCCCCGUUUCACUCCUAAGGUUCUUCCUCCAUUAAUCCUUAAUGGCGGACCCUGCUGAGGUCUCCGUGAUUACGCUUGGAGGAAAGGGUUCAUCGCUUUCAUCUAGCUCCAUCCAUGCCAUUGCCCAUGGCUUUGCUCUGGUUCGGAUCGACUCAUCAGCCCUCGAGAGGCUUGCAUCUUCGUCGAACAAUCGAAAUGCUGCAUCCGUCAAGCACCAAGUCGUCAUUCCUGAUUACCUGACUCGCGAAGAAGCCAGGGCAUCCCUUGUUGUCCUCCUGAACAAGCUCAUCAUCUCUAGUUCUUCCGGUAUUCGAUCGGUUAUUCCUGUUCUAAUUGCGGAGACACUCAAUUCAAAGCCAGAAACUUUACAAUUUGAGUCACUUGAUGUGACCGACGAGGAGUUAUCCGUGUUCAAGCAAUCGUGUUAUGUUUUGAACGGAGUUUGCGCGUUGUUAGACCAUCAAUCAGCAGCAUUAUCCUCCAUUGCUGAUGCUGUGGCGGGCAUAUCUUGCGAGGCUUCUAGAGCUGACGUGUCUGUGUUCAAUUUGAUGGACUCGGGUGAUGGGUUCGCUUCAAAGGAGGAGGUUGGAGUCGCUAAUGAUAUGAAGGUAUUACUAAAUGGAUCUAAGCUGGUGGGUAAGAUCGAGAGUGGAGCUAUUUCCAAGAUCCCAAAGAAUCACGGAUGCUUGAGAGAGCAAGCUAAGUUGGUGCAUUCGAAAAUGCGGGUUGAGUUGAAUUCUAAUGUGAAAAUUGGGAAAGGAGGAUCUAUGAGUUCUGGGACCGAGGAUACUGUUCGGACCGCAUUGUUGUCAUUUGCAGCCAUGCUGUGGGACUUGGGAAAAUGUAGUUUGGAUAGAGGAAAACUGAUUUUGGAUUCAAAUAGCGAUGAUAAUAUGAAGGCGAGUUUGGCGGGUUUGCUUGAUAGGGAAUGUCCCAGUAAUGAGAGUCUCAAAAAGGUUUAUAGGUUGGUCUCCGAUUUAGCUUUGGAUGACAAUUACGAUGAGUUUGUCCAUACUGUCAAUGUGUUGUUGUUAACUGUAUGGAAAAUUGUCGUUUGGGAGGCUAUAGCAGGCUUCUUAACGAUUGAAGGCGGUAAAUUGAUAGGAAAGGGUCAAGAUGUUGACAUGAAUCGAGCUAAUGAAAAGGUGUUAAAUAAGAGUGAGAAGAAGAAAAAAGCAGUCUUGGGUAAAGGAACUAGCGUGGUUGUUCAAUUGAUUAAAGAUAGAUUGCAGGGUGAAAGUGGUGAUCUGGGGUUGGAGAACUCAGUAAAAGAUCUUUUAUCCUUUUUGGAUCCAAAGGCUUCCGAGUUUGAUAAUCUAUUGAUGAAAAUCAGAGAGAUCGUUGAAAGCAACGAAAGUAGGAGGCUACCAAAGCUUCCCAAGGGCACUCGAGAUUUUGCAAAAGAACAAAUGGCAAUUAGAAAGAAAGCAUUUUCAAUUAUAGAGGGGGUUUUUGAGCGCCAUGGUGCCACAGCCUUGGAUACUCCGGCUUUUGAGUUGAGAGAAACACUCAUGGGGAAAUAUGGAGAAGAUUCCAAGCUGAUUUAUGAUCUGUCUGAUCAGGGAGGGGAGCUCUGUUCGCUUAGAUAUGACUUGACUGUUCCGUUUGCUAGGUACAUUGCCAUGAAUGGUAUAACAUCAUUCAAAAGGUAUCAAAUAGCAAAAGUUUAUAGAAGGGACAACCCAUCUAAGGGAAGAUUCCGUGAAUUUUAUCAGUGUGAUUUUGAUAUCGCUGGUCAAUAUGAAAAGAUGGGACCAGAUUUUGAGGUUAUUAAGAUACUAACGGAGCUACUUGAUGAGCUGAACAUUGGACAGUAUGAGAUAAAAUUGAACCAUCGAAAGCUGUUGGAUGGAAUGUUAGAAAUUUGUGGAGUACCACCUGAAAAGUUCAGAACCAUAUGUUCGAGUAUUGACAAGUUAGACAAGCAGUCUUUUGACCAGAUAAAAAGAGAAAUGGUGGAGGAAAAAGGAUUGGCCCUGGAGAUAGCUGAAAGAAUAGGUGAUUUUGUGAAGGAAAGGGGACAUCCUUUGGAGUUACUAGCUAAGCUUAAGCAGGAGCAGAGCCCAUUAUUACAAAAUAAAGGAUCCUCUGGUGCAUUGAGUGAACUAGAGAUUUUAUUUAGUGCUCUAGAAAAGGCAAAGUGUGUUGACAAAGUGGUCUUUGACUUGAGUCUUGCCAGAGGUCUUGAUUACUACACUGGAGUAAUUUAUGAAGCUAUUUUUAAAGGUGGUACCCAGGUUGGUUCUAUUGCUGCUGGUGGACGCUAUGACAAUCUUAUUGGAAUGUUUGGUUCCAAGCAGGUCCCAGCAGUUGGCGUCAGUCUUGGAAUUGAACGAGUUUUUGUCAUUAUGGAACAACAUUUGAAGGAUCAAAAUCAGACUACUCGGGCCACUAAGACUGAAAUUUUAGUGAGCAUAUUGGGAGAUGAUUUAACACAAGCUGCGGAGCUUGCAAGUGAGAUAUGGAGUGCAAAACUGAAUGCAGAGUUCCUGAUCAAUAAAAGAGUGAUGAAACAUAUUGAUCGUGCAAAAGAGUCGAGAAUCCCUUGGAUAGUAUUUUUGGGGGAACGUGAAGUGAGUGAGGGGAUUGUGAAGUUGAAAAACGUGGAAACCUUCGAAGAAGUAACAAUUCUUAGAAGCAAUAUCAUUGAUGAACUGAAGAAGCGUUUGGCCCCUUGAUGUCAUUGCUGUUGCAAAAUGCAGAGCUUGUCUUCUUCAAUCCCACGUCAGGAAGAACUACUUUUUCGCUGACUUAACUUGUUGACAUAGAUGGCUGAUUUCCGUUUUGAGUUAUUCCUAUUACAUGCAUUAUUUAUACUAAAUGUAUGUAUCAAUUUAGUAAAAUUUGGGGAAUAAAUGCUUUAGAUGUCCUAAAUAUGGUUUUUCA